AAAGAAAGAAAGAAAGAGGAGAAGAGUGUAUAAAAAAGUACACAAUAAUCCUUCGGGUACGAAGGGUGUAUAUAUGCGGUGCACGAAUGAUAAUCUACGUGCAAAGUUUGAGCACAAAGAUUAAACCUCACGGGGAGGAGAUUUGUCGGCUUAGAGGGAGGCGAGGAUGUGCCGGCGGCGGCCGUAGACCGACUACGCGCUGUCGGAUUCGAGCCGUUCGCUUUGACGACAUUCCUAUCAACCCGAGUCGACUCGAGAUGCAAGCACCAGCUCCGAGCAGCUGUUGCUGCACGCCUCUUAAAGCAGUCGCCGCGCCGAUCGUGACCACCAAAAAGAGGGUGUUCACCUUCGGCAAAGGGAAGAGCGAGGGCAACAAAGGCAUGAAAGCUCUGCUGGGGGGGAAGGGGGCGAACCUGGCGGAGAUGGCGAGCAUCGGGCUGUCGGUGCCGGCGGGGCUGACGGUGUCGACGGAGGCGUGCCAGCAGUACCAGGAGAACGGGCAGGAGCUGCCGGCGGGGCUCUGGGAGGAGAUCCUGGAAGGCCUGCGCUGGGUCGAGGACGAGAUGGCCGCCCGCCUCGGCGACCCCCGCAAGCCCCUCCUCCUCUCCGUCCGCUCCGGCGCCGCCGUGUCGAUGCCGGGGAUGAUGGACACGGUGCUGAACCUGGGGCUGAACGACGAGGUGGUGGAGGGGCUGGCGGCCAAGAGCGGAGAGAGGUUCGCCUACGACUCCUACCGCCGCUUUCUCGACAUGUUUGGAAAUGUGGUGAUGGGCAUUCCCCACGCGUUGUUUGAGGAGAAGCUGGAAGCGCUGAAAGCGUCGAAAGGCCUCCGCCUGGACACCGAGCUGACUGCCGCCGAUCUCAAGCAGUUGGUGUCCGAGUACAAGAAUGUCUACCUCCAAGCCAAGGGGGAGCAAUUCCCUUCGGAUCCGAAGAAGCAGCUGUAUUUGGCGGUGUUGGCGGUGUUCGACUCGUGGGACAGCCCGAGGGCGAGGAAGUAUCGGAGCAUCAAUCAGAUCACGGGGCUCAAGGGCACGGCGGUGAACGUGCAGUGCAUGGUGUUCGGCAACAUGGGCGACACCUCCGGCACCGGCGUCCUCUUCACCCGCAACCCUAGCACCGGCGACAACAAGCUCUACGGCGAGUUCCUCGUCAAUGCUCAGGGUGAGGAUGUAGUUGCGGGAAUAAGAACUCCACAGGAUCUGGACAUGAUGAAGGAAUGUAUGCCAGAUGCUUAUGCAGAGCUUGUUGAGAACUGCAAAAUUUUAGAGCGGCAUUACAAAGAUAUGAUGGAUAUUGAGUUUACUGUCCAAGAAAAUAGGCUUUGGAUGCUUCAGUGCAGAUCAGGGAAGCGUACUGGCAAAGGUGCUGUGAAGAUUGCUGUAGAUAUUGUCACAGAGGGCCUUGUGGAUAAACGAUCUGCCAUUAAAAUGGUUGAACCAGGCCAUCUUGACCAACUUCUUCAUCCUCAGUUUGAAGAUCCAUCUGCCUAUAAGGACAAAGUGAUUGCCACAGGCUUGCCUGCGUCUCCAGGAGCUGCGGUAGGUCAAGUUGUCUUCACGGCUGAUGAUGCUGAAACAUGGCAUGCCCAAGGAAAGGCUGUUAUUCUGGUAAGGACAGAAACUAGCCCAGAAGAUGUUGGUGGCAUGCAUGCAGCUACUGGAAUUCUGACAGCUCGAGGUGGCAUGACUUCCCAUGCCGCCGUUGUAGCACGUGGAUGGGGGAAGUGUUGCGUUUCUGGAUGCUCUGAUAUUCGUGUAAAUGAUAUCGACAAGGUGCUUGUUGUUGGAGAUAAAAAAAUUUAUGAAGGUGACUGGUUAUCACUGAAUGGAUCUACUGGAGAAGUUAUUCUGGGAAAGCAGCCAUUGUCUCCACCAGCUCUUAGUGGUGACUUGGAAACUUUUAUGGCUUGGGUUGACGAGAUCAGGCAACUAAAGGUAAUGGCAAAUGCUGACACACCGGGAGAUGCAUUGACUGCAAGAAACAAUGGCGCAGAAGGAAUUGGACUCUGCAGGACAGAACACAUGUUCUUUGCUUCUGAUGAAAGGAUCAAGGCUGUGAGAAAGAUGAUAAUGGCAGUAACUCAUGAACAGAGGCAAAAAGCAUUAGGCCUCCUCUUGCCUUACCAGAGAUCUGACUUUGAAGGCAUAUUCCGUGCCAUGGAUGGACUUCCAGUUACUAUCCGAUUGUUGGAUCCUCCACUGCAUGAAUUCCUGCCAGAAGGUAAUGUUGAGGACAUUGUGCGCGAACUGUCUUCAGAGACUGGCACACCCGAAGAGGAAGUUUUUGCAAGAAUUGAGAAGCUGUCUGAAGUAAAUCCGAUGCUUGGUUUCCGUGGCUGCAGGCUUGGUAUAUCAUACCCUGAAUUAACAGAGAUGCAAGCGCGCGCUAUCUUUGAAGCUGCGAUAUCCAUGAGCAAUCAGGGUAUUAAAGUUCUUCCAGAAAUAAUGGUACCUCUCGUUGGUACACCGCAGGAACUCGGGCACCAAGUCAGUCUGAUACGCAAAAUUGCGGAGGAAGUUUUUGCUAAUAUGGGCACCUCCCUUAGCUAUAAAAUUGGGACCAUGAUCGAAAUCCCUAGGGCUGCCCUAGUAGCGGAUGAGAUAGCAGAGCAAGCUGAGUUCUUUUCUUUUGGAACAAACGAUCUCACACAGAUGACAUUUGGUUACAGUAGAGAUGAUGUUGGCAAGUUUCUCCCAAUCUACUUAUCUAAGGGUAUCCUCCAAAGCGAUCCAUUCGAGGUGCUUGAUCAGAAAGGAGUGGGAGAGCUCAUUAAGAUUGCUACAGAAAGAGGUCGCAGAGCAAGGCCCAACUUAAAGGUGGGAAUUUGUGGUGAGCAUGGUGGGGAACCUUCUUCAGUUGCAUUUUUUGCAAAGGCUGGGUUGGACUAUGUUUCGUGCUCCCCAUUCAGGGUUCCUAUUGCCAGACUUGCAGCGGCCCAGGUGGUCGCCUGAAGGGCUCCAAAUCUGAGAGAUGUUGAUGAUAAUGCCGAAAAAUUUCUCGACAGCAAUAAAAAUAACCGCUGCAUGGUAAAUGUGCCCCGUGUCAUCUCUCCGAAGGCAACUAUGAAGUCUGAAUUGAACUCUGCUGUGGAGAUAAAUGUAGGAUACAAUUAGAGACGAGUCUAUACUGCGUGUCCUUUUGGUCUCUAUGUGAUGUGAAGAACACUGGUUUGUUAUGAAUAAUAAAGUAAUGCAGCUGUUUAAUUAUUGCUCA